UUUCAACAUUGUAGCAUGAUCAAUAAUCAAUCAACAAACGUUUACUAUAUAUUGUAAACAAUCAAAACAACAUGAAAAUCAUCGAAAAGCGAAUUUUAUUUGUGCCUGUUAAUGGUGUUGGCCAUGUAAAUGCCUGUAUUGGUAUUGCGAAACCAAUGAUUCGGCGUGGACAUCGAAUCGCUUUUUUUGUGGAAAAAACCUAUAAAGGAAAAAUAAAAAAACUUGGUUUUGAAGAAUAUUAUUAUGAACCAUCAUUUUUUGCUGACAAAAAAGACAUUAAAAAUAUCAAAAAUCCUGGUGAAUCCGCAGCACAAUGGUUAGUUGCCAAAUGUAUCAUCGGUAAUACUGAUAUAAUAAAACAAUUGGAAAAACUGACUGAAAUUGAUGACUCAUUGAACGAUAAACGUUUGGAAGAUCUUGAAAGACUAAAAGAAGUGAUCGAAUUGUUCAAACCGGAUCUAUUUAUUGUUGAUAAUAUAACUCUUGAACCGGUCAUUGAUUGUUCCGAUAAACCUUGGAUUAAGAUCAUGAGUGUGGCGCCAUUGAUUUAUUUACAUAACUUUGAUCAUCUACCGCCGGCAUGGACAGGAUUAUCAUUUGAUUCGAAUCGAAAAGAGUGGCCAAAAUAUCGUGAAAUAGUCAAUCGGUUCAUCUAUAGUAAAGAAAACAAUGAUUUCAAUGAAAAACAUGGUUAUCGACGAUAUGAAGACGAUCUUCUUAUGCCAUUGACUCAAGCGAUGACCAUUUAUGCUUAUCCAGAAGAAUAUGAUUAUCCUGAAAUUAAAGAACAUCAUCCUGAUUGGUUUAAUUUAGAAGUGUUCAACAAAAACGAUUCGGGCGAAACAGUUGAUCUGAAAGAAUUUUUACCCAAAGAAUUCUAUGAUAAUGAUCUUGAUGGAAAUUUCACUGGUAAAUGGAUCUAUGUAUCGAUGGGUUCAAUGGGUUCAGUUGAUCUAGACCUGAUGCAUCGAUUGAUUGAUGCAUUAUCAAAAACUAACCAUAAAUACAUUGUAUCUAAAGGGCCUCGUCAUGAAGAAUAUGAAUUGAAGCGUAACCUUUGGGGUGAUCGUUAUUUGCCACAAACAAAAAUCCUACCCAUAGUUGAUUUGGUCAUAACACAUGGUGGUAAUAAUAGCGUAACAGAAACAUUUGCUCAAGGUAAACCAAUGAUCAUUAUGCCAUUAUUCUGUGAUCAACAUGAUAAUGCACAAAGAUUAUCAGAGAAAAAAUUGGCAAUCAAGAUACCACCAUAUGAUUUUACUGAUGAACAAUUGAUUGAAUCGAUUGAUCGCCUAAUCUAUGAUGAUGAAUUAAAUUCACGUUUAAAACAAGCAUCACAGCGAAUACUGAGUAUAGAUAAACAUGAACAAGUAUGCGAUAAAAUCGAAGAUAUUAUGGCCAAAUAUGAUAAUGAUUGUCGGCAAAAAAAUGAAAAUUUUAUCAAAAGAAAAUAAAAUCAAUGGAAUGGAAAGUUGAGGAAUGAACAAGAAAACUGUACCAUCAAACCCUAAUCAUCAUCAUGAGAAAUCGAGAUGAAAUUAUAUACAAUUCAAUUUAAUUUAAUUUGAUUGAUUGGCCAAAAUUUCCAUCAUCAUCAUUAUGAUUUCAUUUCAGUUGAAA